UCGCGGGGCGCGCGGCGGGCGCGGCCCCGGCCCGGCAGAGCCGCGGCGCCGCCAUGGGGUGUUAGCGCGGCCCGGCCCGCUCCGCACCGACGAGUCGCGCCUGCCUCACCGCUCCGCUCCGCCGCGCUCCUCCGCCCGCCGCCCCGAGCCCAUGAGCCUGAACGAGCACUCGAUGCAGGCGCUGUCCUGGCGGAAGCUCUACCUGAGCCGCGCCAAGCUGAAAGCCUCCAGCCGCACCUCCGCGCUGCUCUCCGGCUUCGCCAUGGUGGCCAUGGUGGAAGUUCAGCUCGACGCAGAACAUGACUACCCUCAAGGGCUCUUGAUAGCCUUCAGUGCCUGCACUACUGUCCUUGUUGCAGUUCACCUUUUUGCACUCAUGAUAAGCACCUGCAUUCUUCCAAACAUAGAGGCUGUCAGCAACGUGCACAAUCUCAACUCUGUCAAGGAAUCUCCUCACGAGCGAAUGCACCGGCACAUCGAGCUCGCGUGGGCGUUUUCUACUGUCAUUGGGACUUUGCUCUUCCUUGCAGAGGUGGUGUUGCUGUGCUGGGUGAAGUUUCUUCCUUUAAAGAAGAAAACUGAUAAUACCCCACAGGGCAACAGUUCUACCAUCACGUCGGGACAGGCAGCAGCCAUUGCAUCCACAUCUAUUAUGGUGCCCUUUGGAUUGAUUUUCAUCGUGUUUGCAGUCCACUUCUACCGGUCACUGGUGAGCCAUAAAACAGACAGGCAAUUCCAGGAGCUGAAUGAACUUGCUGAAUUUGCACGGCUCCAGGAUCAGCUGGAUCACAGAGGUGAUGCUGUCUCCUCAGCCGUUACCAAUUUUGCGUAAGCCUGUGCUUCAGGAAGAUAACCCCACUGUUCUGCUUCUGCCUUACGUUGACUGCCCUGUGGAUGAAUGGGUUGAACUGCUGAUCACUGUUUGAAGAGAGAUUAUAAAUAUUGUUCUAACCCUUUAGAGAAGGAAAAAAAAUGUUCCUUUCGUGCAGUUUUUGCUAUCCGAAGGAAGGGAUGGUGGGGUGUGAUUGCACUGUGCGUGCAGCCCUCCUCCUGUGGACACUGUCUCGCUUAUUUUCUCAUUAAUGCUGAACGGUGGCUGUAUAAAUACAUGGAAAAUAACAUUGUACAUUUGGGUAUUUGCUAGGAAUGGGCAAAGAAGUUGUUGAGGUUUUUUUUUUCUCUGUUUAUUUGAUGUUGGCGUUUACUAGAAGAUACUGCUUGUCCGAUCCAUAUUGCAUGGCAUGAUACAAAUUACUUGGGACAUGCAGCAAUUAGCACUUGGUUUCGGUGCUGGUGCUGCUCUCCCUGGAAAGCCUGACAGAUGGUAGGAGCGAGAGCUUUCCCACCACUUUCCCCAGUAUGUUUUGCUGCCAAGUAAUUAUUACUUUACUGAUUUCUCCAGCGCCUUUUUCCCGUGGCACUUACACAUUUUGUAACUUGCUAAACACCCCGGACUAGUCUUACUGUGAUGUGGUGUGGCCACAUGAGUAGGAAUGAGACUCGACUCUUCCGUGGAAGAAAAUAAAAGCAAUAACUGUUUUUAAAGUUCUCAUGAGCUGGCAAAUAUUAUCUGGAGAGAUAGAUCUGCCUGUUUCUCAUUUAGGAAUCUUUUUUUAAAAAGGAGGAACUAGAUGGAAAUUAUCACUGGAUAAUUUUUUUUUUUUGCUUGAAAAUCAGAACCACUGCUGUUUUUUUCCAAGCCAAAGUAGUAAUUAUUUUAUACUUUUAUAUUGAAAAUAUAUUUUUAAUAAAUCCUCAGAUACAAGCAGCAAAAGGUGCUUUCUCUGUGUUGGAUUCCCAAGUAAUUAGCUAUGCCUUGGUCUUCCUUGUUUAGAAAAGUCUUCUUGCUGAAGUGUUGUAUAUUUAAUAACUCAUUAUACAUUUUUUGAUUCCAGAGGAAUCUGGAAGGCAACUAUUCUGGAUGUAUAUUUAUUUAUGAAAGUAGGUUGUUUGUAAUUAAUAUUGGCUGCUUACUUUCAGACACAUCUGUGACAGCAAAGCUACUAUGUCAUUCUUUAUUUCCUCUUAAGGCAAAAACUUCCAUUUGGUCUCCUAGAUAAGAAGUUUGUUCAAGAAAGUUUGCAGCAGUUGUCCUGGGCUGCUUCAGUAAUUGUGGCUAUGUCUAGGAGUGGGAUUUUUUGGAAUACAGUUCUUCCAGGGAGUGGCUCUGAGAUUUAAUAGUUAAAAGCUGUUUUUUGAACACAAACUGAGACAGGUUUCAAGUCUAAGGGAAAAAA